CCUCUCCCUCAUCGUUCUCUCCGGCCUGCUCAACCCUCUGGUCAUCGUCCCCGCCGUCCACGAACACGAAAGGCUAAACGGCCAUUUAAUUGUCAUGGCUCCCUCGAGCAGGACAGUCCGCUUUGCCGGCAUCGUCGUCGUUGCCACCAUCGCACUCAUCUCCAUCCUCCGCCUCUCCACGACCUCCUCCGCCUCCUCCUCCUCCCACCUCGACUCCCUCUCCAAAUACUUCAACACCGCCAACGGAAAACCCGCCCCGUCCUCCGUCCCCGACUCGUUCUACUACGACUUUGACUCGGAAGAGACGUCCGUGACCGCCGUCGACGCCGGAACCUCUGCGUCCGCGAUAUCGCCCCUCCCGGCGUCGACGACGUUGCAUGAAAGGGCGAACGCGACGUUGUUGAUGUUGGCGAGGAAUUCGGACGUGGAUGGCGCGGUGUCGAGUGUGAGGGAUGUGGAGGAUAGGUUUAAUAGGAAGUUUGGGUAUCCUUGGGUGUUUAUGAAUGAGGAGCCGUUCUCUGAGGAUUUCAAAAAGCGCGUGUCGAUUCUCAUUCAAUCACCGGUAACGUUCUUGCAAAUUCCACACGACCACUGGUAUCAGCCAGAAUGGAUCGACGAAGCGAGAGCGACGGACGGGCGGAAUAAGAUGGUCAUGAAGAAUAUCAUCUAUGGUGGUAGCGUCUCGUACCGUAACAUGUGUCGGUUCAACUCCGGCUUCUUCUUCAAACACGAGUUCCUCCAGCAAUACCGCUGGUACUGGCGCGUCGAGCCCGACAUCCACUUCCACUGCGACAUCGACUUUGACCCGUUCGUGUACAUGCAGGCGCAGAAUAAGACUUAUGGUUUCACGAUCUCCAUGUUCGAGUUCGAGGCGACGAUCACGACGCUCUGGUCUACUGUCCGAGAAUUCACGAAUCAACAUCCAGAAUACGUCGCGGAGGAUAACUCUAUGGAUUUCGUCUCGGAUAAUGGUGGUUCGAAAUAUAACCUUUGUCAUUUCUGGUCCAACUUCGAAAUCGCCGACAUGGAUUUCUGGCGCUCCGAAGCCUACACCAAGUUCUUCGACUACCUCGACUCGAAAGGCGGGUUCUACUACGAGCGCUGGGGCGACGCGCCCGUGCACUCGAUCGCGGCCGCGCUGUUCCUCAGGAAGGACCAGAUUCACUUUUUCAGAGAGAUUGGGUACGAGCAUAAUCCGUUUAAUCAUUGUCCGCAGGAGGAGGAUCUGUGGAGGAGGGGGAGGUGUAGUUGUAAUCCGGAGAAGACGUUUGAUUGGGACACGUACUCAUGUCUCGCCCGCUGGGAACGUCUCAUGGAAUCAUAAACCACCUCCCACCGAACUCCGUUUCUGUUUCCUUCUUCGACAUGACGUGGCGUGGCGUACCGGUGUGCUCGGGCUCAGACGGUGAUGGGUGGUGGUGGUGACGUCGUUCGGUGCCUUUCCGUGUAUUAGAGGGUGGGGCCCUUAGAAGAGAGAAGAGGAUCGGGUGGACCGUUGUGGGGUGCGGAGGAUGUACGAUGUAUGAGUAUCGGUGGUGGUUCGCAUACACAUGGUAUGGCGUGUCAGUGGCAGUGGCAGAAGGACAUCGACAUCAAUUCGUUCAGACGAUCCCAGCUGCGCAUGCUACCCGCAGGACGGGUGCGCGGCCCGUCCGGAGUGGGGGAUGGUCAUGGGCAGUCGGGAGGUGGUGGAGGUGGAGAUGAUGAUUGACGAGGGGGGAUAGGAGCACGAGGAGGAGAAAAAGGUGGUGUGACGAAGCACGAUAGACGGUAUCGGACGAUCUUGGUCUUCGAGUUGGUUGGUUGGUUGGUUAGGUAUCUUUACGCCUCACCGUCCACACCCUCACCCAUCCCCAUCCCCAUCCCCAUUAACAAACAUAUUCACGUUCAGCUGUAGGGCGUCAGUGACGUCCGCCGUUCAUUUAUCGCCAUUCCCGGUUUUUUUUUUCGUUUGCUUCGUAUUGAUAACGACGCAUACACACCCACAUCCCUUACAUCGCCUUCUUACUUCCUGGUCACAGCCCAGUGCUCUGUCCUAUUAUCACGCCUUCACCUCCCCUCACCCCCCUCCCGCGCCAUAUUGCUUAUUCCCGUCACUUGAACCAUAAAAUUCUCUUCCGACUUGGCACUUGGCUGUUAACGUUGUUGUGUAACUUAUUGGGAUCGACGCUUGUAUUUUGCUAUAUAUCUAUCUGGUUCUGAAUCUAUCUGACCUAUCUUCCACUGGCAGAAGCUGCC